AUGGAGACCUCAGUGGUGUCGGUGAAUGCAUCAGAGCCAUCGGCUAGCGGAAAGAGGACGGCACAGAGCUGCGUUCGGUGCAAGAACCGGAAAACCAAGUGCAUCAAUCCCGAGCCAGGGCCAUGCCACUACUGUACCCGCAUCAAGAAGCCCUGUGUUCUGGCCACCAAGAAACGUAGGAACGCGCCAUCUUCCGAGGACCAUGAGCAUGCCACGCGCAUUCUCCAGCAGCUUUUCCCGGCUGAUGAACUGAACUCGGAAUUUCUCCGCAAUACGGCCAUGCAGCUGGAGAGGCGAGAUGCAGAGAAAGUCGCGGUCCCCGAGACCUUAGCCCGUUCCUUAUCUUCCAUCCCCGGACCGGUAGAAGACGACACACUUCAUCGCGAUGACGGCGGUGGGGAUCUUGCGUCUCUAACAAGUAAUUUUGGCUGCUAUCUGACCGAUUCCAGCAAGCAACGACGCUACGUGGGACUCGGAUCCGAUAUCUGUUUUCAUGCCUCUGUUCGAUCCCACGUUGAGAGGCGUCAUGUCCCUGCAGAUUCAGAGAUUCCACCACCCCGACCGGCUCCAUUGCCGCCGAUGAUCAAGUCAAUGGCCACACUAACGGAUGCCGGGUCUCUACCACCGCGUGACCUUGCCGAACAGUACGUAGCUCGAUUCUGUGAGGAGGUGCAGUGUUGCUACUGGUUUUUUUCUUCCGAGCAGCUGUAUCAGAAACUCGAGGAUAUCUACGCUUCCACUCAGCAAGAAAAGCAAGUCAGCCGGUCCUGGAUCUGCACCCUGCUCUCCGUGUUCUCGCUGGGCUCCAUGCGGGAUGAUCCUCCUCUGGAUAUUUCGCUCACAGCGGAACAGCAACAUUGCUCGUACUCCCUGGUAUUUCUUUUCGCUGCCAAAGCCACAAUAUCAGAAAUAUGUGACGAGGCGGAUGCGGAGACAACAUGUGCCUUGUGCAUUCUGAGUCUCGCUCUUCAAGUGCACGGGUAUACCACUUUGGCAUACCUGUACAUCGGCGCCGGCGUGCGGGUGGCCAUCACGCUGGGCUGGGACCAGCAACGAUCCACAGCCGGGCUCCCACCACACGAAAGAGAGCGAGUGCGCAAGCUGUGGUGCACACUCUAUCUGGUUGACGAGCUGAUAUCAUCGGCAUCGAACCGUCCCCCUGCAGUCUUGGGGUUCAGCUAUGAUAUACCGAGGAUAUCCGAGCAGAUUUUGAACCCUGGUUUGAAUACUCCCCCUGGGUAUUUGCAGGCCCUGGUAUCGCUGCACAAGAUGCGUCGCCAGAUGCGAAAUGACUUCUACGACGAGCAACAUGUCAGGUUUCAGUCUGCCGAGUCGCUGCAUACCAUAGUUUUCCACCACCUGCGGGAGCAUCAGACCUUUCAGUCCACCUUGCCGUCUCAUCUACAAUGGGGCCCGCCAGCUGCACCUCCCCAUCACCGUGCCAUCGGACUUUUGCACCUACACUACUGGUAUUCGGUCAUCAGUAUAACCCGUCUCUUUCUUAGGCACUUGGCCAUUCAGCACCGCAACCAGAGCUUCCCCGCCACUAGCUCAACUCUGCAACGACUCUCGAUGGCGUGCUUUGAGGCAGCCAGCUCAUCGUUCGAUGUGAUCGCCUCGAUGCAUCGCCAUCAAGCCUUAUCUGGGAUGAACCCCUUCGACUGCAGCUGUAUCGUUGCGAAUGUGAUGAUAUUCAUUCUAGCGAAGGACCUCUCCUUCUUUUCGGAGAAUGUCUUUCUUUCGCGGGUUACAGACAGCCUAGUUUUUCUGCGGUCCAUUACAUUUGGGAGACUAUCGAAAUCUAAGCAUGAUGAAAUUAUAACUCUGUUCGAGAGCCUUGGCGUCUCAGCGGCCCAAGUAACGGAUGGGGGACUCUCUUUGUCUAUCGACUCUGCCCGUGCAAUGGCAACAUCAAACCGAAACAAUGGGAGAUUUGUCUUUGACGAAAAUCUGCUAUCGAACGAUAUUCUGGAAGAUGAACAUUUGCUAUAUGAUGAGACAUUCUGGAAUUUGGACCUAUCGUAA